AUGAAACUUUGUGGCGUGUUUCGAGCGACCAAACUGCCAGCUGGACAGCAUAUUAUUGGCACCAAGUGGGUAUUCAAGAUCAAACGGAAAGCUGAUGGAUCCAUCGAGAAAUACAAGGCGCGCCUCGUGGCAAAAGGGUUCAAGCAGAAAUAUGGCAUCGACUACACGGAAACGUUUUCGCCGGUAGUCAAGUACGUGACGCUGCGCAUGGUGGUUGCAAUCACGAAGUACUUUGGCUGGACACUGGACCAACUGGACGUGGUGACAGCUUUCCUUUACGGAGAAAUGAAGGAAAAGGUAUUCUGCGCGAUCCCAGAAGGAGUCGAAGUUGAUGAAGACUUUGACUGCUUUGAACUGGUCAAGGCGAUCUACGGACUAAAACAAGCAUCGCGCGUAUGGAACGAGACUUUUCAUGAGUUCGUCUGCUCCAUUGGAUUUCAAGUCUCCGAUUUUGACCCGUGUCUUUAUCUCAAGAUUGCAAGUGGCGAGUGCGUGCUUUUGCUGGUAUACGUCGAUGAUGUGUUGGUGACUGGCAGCUCAACCGAACUGAUCAUGCGCACCAAGAGUGACUUGAAGGAGUGUUUCGAAAUGACCGACAGCGGCAAGUACGCAUUCGGGUUGGGCAUCGAGCUGGUGGACAACGACGACGGUAGCGUGACGAUGUGCCAGCGACGCUACGUGGAAGAUGUUCUCAAGCGUUUUGGCAUGAGCGACUGCAAAGCCGUCACCAGCCCAACAGACAUCAGUUCUCGACUCAUACCAAGUACCGCAGCAACUAAAAUCGACGCCCCGUUUCGUGAAGCAGUAGGCGCUCUGAUGCACUUGAUGACCGCGACACGACCGGACAUUGCCUUUGCUGUGAGUUACGUUUCGCGCUUCAUGGAGAACCCCCAAGUCGAGCAUUGGAUGGCGGUCAAGCGCAUUUUGCGAUACUUACAAGGGACUAAGUCGCACGGUAUCUGUUUCAAGCCUGAUGACAAGAUAGACUUCUGUGGCUACUCGGAUGCAGACUGGGCCGGCGACCAUGCAGACCGCAAGUCGACUUCAGGAUACGCGUGA